AUGUUUAUCCAGGCUGCCACGAUCAUCAGUCACAUGCUGCGCCAUAUGCCGUCGAAUAUUUUUAAAUCCAUCAGCCGAAGCCAUGGCGUCGGCAUUUUCAGCAGAUUUGAAUCUGUAGCUGUGUAUCCGGAAUUCGCCCAUUUAGCUGACAGGCCCGAAUGCAGAGGCAACUGUAAAGGCAACUGUCGUUCUACUUGUUCGGGAGACGGUCGAAAAUUCUCCAGCCUGGGUGGAUUGGCCAGCAGUAUCGCUGUCUGCCUUGAAGAUAUUGUAAUGUGCAGUGCCAAUGAUCCUUACGGUCACAAAGAAAAUAUUCUCAUCCAUGAAUUUGCGCAUACAAUCAGGAUAUACUUACCACACGAUUUGGCCAAAAGGGCUGACGCCGCUUAUACACAGGCAAAAAGGUUACGUCUUUGGACCAAAGGAAACUACCCAUAUGCCAUGAGCAACUUCCAAGAAUUUUGGGCUGGCGCAACAGAGUCUUUCUUCAUGACAACAUCACGUUUGGACUUUACUGGUGGCAUGAACAUGUCGCUUUUAAAUAGCUAUCUUUCUCUCUCUCUCUUUCUUACUUUCCCUCAGUUUGAUAGUGUUUUUAAAAGAACUAUUUCUCUCUCCCUCUCUAAUUAUAUUUAUGUCGCUUUUAAAAAGCUAUCUUUUCUCUCUCUCUCUCUCUCUCUCUCUCUCUUUCUCACUUUCCCUCAGUUUGAUAGCGUUUUUAAAAGAACUCUAGUUCUCUCUCCCUCUCUAAUUAUAUUUAGGUCGCUUUUAAAAAACUAUCUUCUCUCUCUCUCUCUCUCUCUCUCUCUCUCUCUCUCUCUCUCUCUCUCUCACUUUCCCUCAGUUUGA